CAUCAUAUAGUAAGAAAAUGCUCCAACAAAGAGGUUUGUGUAUUUUGUCAAUAUCAGUUAUUCUUUUUAUUGCUGCAAGUGCUAAACCAUGGAAAGAAUAUGCAGGAAAAACAGUUUACUCCCGAUCUCUUGGUUCAUUACCUGAGUCUAAAAUGAAUACAGUCAAUGUACCAUACAUACCAAAGCCUUCAUUCUUCCCGAAGUUCGUUGAUCCAAAAAUGAUGAUAGCGCAAAAAACCGAAUUAUUAAAGAAACUCUUUGGUGGCCUGGAUCCAGUUGAUUAUUCGAGCACAGGCUUAUCUGAUAAUUUUUCCACUUUUUUACGAUCAAAACCCAUGAACUCUAAAUUUGGAUUAUUUGCUUCGGAAUACGGUUCCUCAUACCCUGAAACUGAAUUCAAUGAUUUUGAUUCAUCAGAUUCAUUAUAUCAACGUAAACGAAGCAUCAUAACGCCAAUAACUAAUGUUCCAACUAAUCAAGGUUCACCCCCUUUAUACCCAAUAUUUGGAUCGAUGUCCGAAGAUCCCGAAGUCUAUAACUAUAAUUCUCUCCAACAAUAUUUACCUAGUGUAUUUGGACCUUUUGGGCCUUAUGAGGGAUUUGGUGCGUACGGACUGUAUAAUCCAAGCCCAGCCAUCGAUCCUGCUAGCAUAUUUGCAGCUAAAAAAACUCAAUUUUUAGAUAAACUCUUUAAAAGUCUCAGUACCAAUACUUCAGAUCUCGAAACAGAUACACCAAUUGCUAAGAGUACAAUGGUCCCUUCAAAGUUUUGGUCAUCGUUUUCUAAUUUUAAAGAAAUCACAACUGAAUCUUCCCUACCUAAGAGCACAAUCGUACCUCCAGGUUUUUGGGCUCCAUCGUCGAUUAUUCCUGCUCCCGGAGAAUAUACGACAAAGGUUUCUAUUUUCUUAGAUAAAUUAUUUAAAAGUAUCGCAAAUAAGACUGCUGCCAAAGCUGCUGCUGGCUUUGACGCGACUAAUAUUGAUUUUUCAUCUGAUGUAAUUACGAGAUCUCUUUUUAAUGACGUCCCAGAUGAUACCAAAAAUCGUGUUACUCGGUCUGUUAAUGAUAUUCAAACCUUAUCAAUUGCCAAAGAUGCAAUUGUUGACUCGAUUAUUGCUGAACUUGGAUCAUUGAAAACAGAUAUGUUUGAUAAUUUUAAUGAUUUGAUUAUGGCUCAGAAAUUAUCUAUGUCAAUAGGAAAAAAAGGUGUCAAGUCUACCAAAGCGGGAUCCACAAGUUUAGAUGAACCUAUACGAAUUGACUACAGUAUACCGUACAAACAAAAAAUGAUGCUAUUGAGUGAAGUAUUUGACAUACUAACUGAACUCCAGAAGAAUAUAAGUAUGGCUGUUUCCGAUGCGAUUAAAAGUAGUACUACUGAAGAUCCUGAUCAAGAUGAUAAUCAAUAUUCGGACGACAAAUACUCAGGACAAAAAUAUAUGUUUAAUGAAACUUUUGCCGAUGCUGUUCUAAAUAAAUUAAUGGAAACAAAUAAACCUAUAGGUUAUCAAACUCCUACAUCAUUUUAUCAACCUUCUGCAUCAGUGUAUCAACCUGAAGUUUCAGUUAAUCAACCUCUGGUUCCAAUAAUUCAACCGACUGAGCCUUUUUGGAUGGCUUACGUUAAAGGUAAAAAUUCAACUCCAAAAUCUAAGAAAAUGAAGAAAGUAGCAACGAGAGAUAUUGAAAAUGAUGGAGAAAAUUAUAUCUCAAGUAAAGAUUACAGUAAUGGACAGGAGAACGAUAAAGACGAAUAUAAGCGAGCGUUGAAAAUGUCUAUGAGACAAGGUUAUCAAAGUAUGCCACCUGGAACAGUAGAAAGUGUUCAAGCUGGGGGAGGUUCAGUGCCAGGACAUCAAGGAGGUGGAUUGAAACUUCUUAACCUACCGAAUCAUCAAAACUACCCAAACUGGAAUGAGAGAUCUGAUAGGGCCGACUUUUACGAGUCCUACAAAAAUUAUAGACAUCAUCACUAGAUAUUUUUUAAAUUGUUUUUAUGGCUUUUUAAGAUAAAUUCUUUCUAGUAUGUCAUCAAUCUCUUCAAAUAAAUGUAAUUAAAAUGAUUUAUCUAAAUAAAGAAUCAUUGGCAUA